AUGAACACUUUGAGGGAGAAUUGCAAACAACAGAAUGGUGGAUCCAAGCUAUAAAGCUGGAAAUCCACCGCACCCCUAUUUUUCGCUGUGUCUGUUUGAGCUGGGAUUUUUAUUUGCACUCUGAGACGCAGUAGGUUCAGAGAGGCCAAGGACACUGCUGGCUGGAGGCUGCGCCCUUCAGCUGAGAAACUUUCCCAAGAAGUUCCAGGCUGCUCCUGUUUGUGAGAACCAAGCUGCGGGCCCUUAAAAAGCAGCUGGCGAGGCCCGAAGGAACACCACCAGUUUUAUGGUUAUGUUGAACAGUUUAGAUCUUCAACUUAAACGAAACAGCAUGGAACGCCAUGUCCCUGUCCACCCUUUACCUGAAGAGAUCCAACAGUUUGAAUUUCUUGAGUUUAGAACUUGCAACUAAGCAGAAAGAACUGGAGGGCAUUCAUUUGAAAAUGGAAGACAAUUGGAGUCAGCUAGUAGUAGUUCAGAACACAUCAAAACUUUGCAGGGAAAGAACAAAACAACAAGCACACAUCAUAGAGCAGACAUCCACUUUCCUUCAGGGGAUAAAGAUUGAACUGGCAGUGCUUAGAGAAGAUGUGCGAAGCAACUUGGUAAUAUGGGAACCUUUCAGCAAAGCACUGACACAAUGCCUGGAGGCCACUGGAGAUGCUGUACAGAUGGAAAUACUUGGAUUGCAAGAAGGUCUUAAGAAAUCCAGUCAAGAGGUAGAAUUCCUUCAACAGCAAGCAAGAGAUCUACAGCUUUCUUCAGACACGAUUGCACUACAAAUUGAUCAAAUUCAUGGUUUGGAACAGAAAGAAGCUGAACUCCAAAUCAAAUGUUGUAAAUCAGAGAAACAGGUAUUUGAUCUUGAAAACCAGCUUAUGACUCAGCAGCUUAAUUUCCAAAAGGUUACAGAAGAAUUGGAACACUGCAAGGAGUUGUUACUGAAUCAAUCAAAGGAAGUGGAAGAUCUUCUCUCAAAGCUAACAAAACUGGAGUCUGUACAUAAUGAGAGGGAAUCCAGAUAUUGCAAAGAGAUUGAAGAAAAAGAGAAACAAUGGCUACGUUGUGAACAAAAGUGUAAGAGUUUAGAAGAACAGCUAGAAAUCAAAGUUCGCCAGGAGUCAAAAUUACAAGACCGAUCAUCAGUCUCUCAAAAUGAAAUACUGACUCUAAAAACUGCCCUAAGUCAGGCAGAAGAGAAGCUGGAAGCAUUGAAACAAGAAAGGGAACAGAUGGUGAUUUCACAUCAGAACAGGAUUAAACAGCUUCAAGAACAUCUUCACCAGAUGUUAGGUGAUGAAGAUAGCUGGAGGGCGAAAAUAGAUACUGAGUUAUCCAAGCAACAGGCUCAUCACUACACAGAGCUUAAGGAAUUAGCACUUCAGAUGAAGGAAGAAGCAAAGAUUGAAAUUGAUACAGAAAGACAAAAACAGCAAGAACUAAUAAAUAAACACAAUGAAGAGCGCAAGACACUACAGGCACAGGUUUCUGACUUAAUCAGUGAUGCUACCAAAGCAUUACAGUUGGACGUGAGCAAACUGAAGAAAGAGCUUCAAGACAUUCAGUGUCGGUCAAUAGAGAGUGGACGUUCUAAAGAUUGUAAAAUCUAUAACUUGGAAAAGGUAAUCUCUCAGCUAGAGGGACAGCUAAAACAAGAACAGGGCAAAAUAGAAUCCAUAACUGAGGAACUGAGGAGUGAAAUACAGCAGAAAUCAAUUGAGUUAAGAGAAACACAGCAGGAGGUACAGCAGCUAAAACGUGAACUGGACCAGGCCAAAGCAGAGAAUACAUUUCUUGAAGAAACAGUGCGAAGAGAAUGUGAAGAACGCUAUGAACUCACUGAGGCUCUUAGUCAGGCCCGAGAACAAUUGAUGGAACUAAAGAGACUCAGUAGAGAACAUCCACAUUCUCAAUGUUCAAUUAGCCAAGGAAGUCUGAAUUCAUCCUCUUCAUCUGCAGGGAGCUAUAAGAUCCAAAGAAGCCUGUCUAACAGUAGCAGAACUAAACUCAGUGCCUUACAUGGGCUACCAGUGAAUGCCAAUGUCUCAAACAAUGCUGGAACCAAUGCUUUACCAAUCAUACCAAUGCUACAACCAUCAAAAGGGAGAGCUUCAUCUGUAAGUGAAAUCAAACAGAGGAUUGCAGCUGCUGUAAGAAGAAAGUAGUAUACUCUCAAAAAACAGAAAAUAUUGCACUAAAAUCAAUCUGCUUGGACUGUGCAUCUAAUGUUGAUGUAUUUGCAAAUAAAAUUAGAUUCUAACAAUGCACUGAAAUUGUGGACCAUUGGGUUUUCUGCCAAGAAUGAUUACUUGUUGUGUAGCUUCACAAAACUGUAAAAUCCCUUCAAAUAUAGCUAAAUAUGGCCCAUUCCCAAUGAUGCUGGAAAAAUAGAAAAUGUUUUCUGACAACAAAAAAGUUCCUUCAGGUCCAUUUACAUCAGGGUUGCAUGGAAUGGACAGCACAGAAAUUGUUCACACAACCCAACUGAUCUAUGCCAGUCCUUACGCUCCAUAGGACCCUCCUCCCACACAUCUUACUCCAAACCUAUUGGUACGUAUUUCCAUUCUUUUAUGUGAUUAGCUACCUUCCCCUAAAAUUCAUCCAUGUGUUCAACUGAAUGACUUGUAGCAUGUUCUAUAUUCUGAUGACUCCUGUUUAGAGAUUUCUCUUCAACUCCCUAUUAAAUUUAUUA